GUGUGCGAUUGCUGCGAAGUUUAAUUUCCAUUUUGGGUCUGGUGGGGCACCAACCGGCUCAAGGCCAUGAAUAAACGCGACUUCCCGAGCACUUCCCAUUCCUUCAUAGCAUCCUUCCGCCCUUGCAACGAGUCAGCUCCACCUCGACAAUCAUGUCCUCACGCUACAGCUUUCCUCCACCUGGAGGUACACCCAACGCCAACGGCCCCAACCCACUCCGCCCAUACUACACCGGCUCGGACUCGCCCUUGCAGUCAUACUACAACAACACGCUCUCAUCGACAACUCUGGAAGAUGAUCUCGCCUCACAGAACGAGAUUAGCUCACAGGCUGCAGCGAAGGAGCUCGCCAGCUAUGGACUACUCAAGUACGGAACCUUGGCAAUAGCGGCGCCUUUCGAGGCCGGUCAAACCCUCCUGCAGGUCCAGUAUCUGCCUAACGACGACGGCUUUAACGGCGAUGACGAGGACCUUGCUGAGCAGGCGAAACGCGAGGAGGAGCAACGGAGAGCUCGCGAGGAGCAAGCAGAACGGGAGUACUACGAACGCACAGGCAUUCUUUCUUCCAGUUCAGGAAGCUACUACUCCAAUCAGUAUGGCAACCUCAACAGCAGCAGCACCGGCAACUUGGGUCACGACGGCUAUGUGCCUACUCGCUCUAGGUACGAGGAGACAACGAUUUCUCAGUCCACUUCAGGAUCAUCGGGAUAUGCUUUCAGAAGAAGUGUUUACGAUGAGGAAAGUCGACCUGCUUAUCAGCUGCCGCCCAUUGAGGGAGGUGUCUGGAAGGCGGUCACCGACCUUGGAAAACACUCAACCGAGGGAUGGUUGUGUCUCUGGAAGGGUCAAUAUACCAACUGGAUCUAUGAAAUGCUGCACCUCUUUGCCCAGCCAACAUUGGAGGCGACUUUGAACGACACCUUUGAUCUUUACGACGACACAAUUCCUUUGGUGCACUUGGAUAACGUCGGACCUAACAUUGCCACCAUGGUGACCAGCCAUCUUGUCGUUGGAUUCAUCCUCUCGCCCCUGGAGCUUGUUCGCACGCGAUUAAUUGUGCAGACUGCAAACCCGCUGCAGCGCAAGUACAGCGGCAUGAUCAAUUGUAUCACGACCAUCAUCCAGGAGGAGGGCGUGUCAGCAUUAUGGGGAGGCAUCAACUUGUUCCCAACCCUCAUCUACCACAUGUUGACGCCACUUCUCUCCAACUCGAUUCCAUUGAUCAUCGACAGAGUCCUCAAAUUAUCUGCUGCGGACUCUCCGGUCCUCUACUCGCUGGCGGAAUUGGGCUUGAACACAGUUGAACUUUUGAUCCGUCUGCCGAUCGAGACUGUUCGAAAGCGUCUUCAGAUCCAAAUCCAGUACAAGGACGGCAAGCGUACUCCUGGAUCCAAGAAACUCCGCACCGUUGUUGAGACACGCAAGAGACCCUACUAUGGAAUGGUGGAUUGUGUGUACAGGAUCGUCAAGGAGGAAGGAGGACAUCAUAAGCGGAUUUCAAGGACGGUCAAGAACGCGGAUGGGCAGGUGGUGACAACGACUGUGACACAUAGACCGUGGUAUUCUGCCUGGGGUGUCCGUGGCCUGUACACGGGCUUGGGCAUGCAUCUGACGACCAACGUGGCACUAUUCGCUAUCGGUGCGGUGACCAAUCUCCAAGACGAGGGCGACGACUGGUGAAGCAAUGCCGCUGAGCAUAUGAUAAACCCUUUUAGAAUCAAUUACAUGAUAAAUAAUAAAUGGACAGUUGCAAGUGUAAUG